CAUACAAACACUGAAAGAUAUAGCCAAGCAUAGUUAGCUCUUUCAUUCCACCUCGAUCUCCUCGUUAUCAUCGUCCUCAUCUUCUUCUUCUUCUUCUUCUUCUUCUAUUGGCUUUCCGGGUGAGAUGGGUAGCGAGAAUCCUCAGCUUCACAUAAUCUUCUUCCCUUUCAUGGCCCAUGGCCACAUGAUACCAAUGGUAGACAUGGCCAAGCUAUUCGCAAGGCGAGGCGUGAAGGUAGCCAUAGUCACCACCCCUCUCAACGUGCCUUUCGUCUCCAGAAUCAAAACUCGCGGCGGCGGCGCCAAGGUCGAUAUCCAAACGAUCAAGUUCCCGGUCGAAAAGGCCGGCCUGCCAGAAGGAUGCGAGAACGCCGACUCGCUGAUCAUGACUUCCCACGAAAUGUUGAACAUGUUCUUCAAAGCCCUGGCGAUGCUUCAACAACCAUUGGAGCAGCUACUCCAUGAUUACCACGCUGAUUGCCUCGUCGCUGACGUGUUCUUUCCAUGGGCAACCGAUGCUGCCGCAAAAUUUGGUAUCCCAAGGCUUGUUUUCUAUGGAACCGGUUUUUUCUCCAUGACUGCGGAAGAGAGUCUGAACCGAUAUGAACCUCACAAGAAAGUUUUGUCUGAUUCUGAACCUUUCGUCAUGCCUAAUUUUCCUGGAGAUAUAAAGUUGACGAGGAUGCAACUACCAGACUUCGUUCGGCAAGGGGUUGAAACUGACAUGACCAAGGUGUGGAAAGAAGCUGUAGAAGCAGGCAUGAGGAGCUAUGGGACUGUUGUAAACAGCUUCUAUGAGCUGGAGCCGGCUUAUGCGGAUCACUACAGAAAGGUUUUGGGAAGGAAGGCAUGGCAUGUAGGGCCGGUUUCAGCGUGCAACAAGGACGCUGAAGAUAAAGCUCAGAGGGGGAAAGAAUCCUCCGUUGAUGAACAUGAAUGCCUGAAAUGGCUUAAUACAAAGAAACCCAAAUCAGUUGUUUAUAUAUGUUUUGGAAGUUUGGCUUCCUUCAAUGAUUCUCAACUGAUGGAGAUUGCAAUGGGUCUUGAGGCUUCUGGCCAGCAAUUCAUUUGGGUUGUGAGGAAAGGCAAAAAUGUAGAAAAAAAAGAUCGGGAAGAUUGGGUACCUAAAGGAUUUGAGAAGAGAAUGGAAGACAAGGGACUGAUUAUAAAAGGCUGGGCACCCCAAGUUCUGAUUCUUGAUCAUGAAGCAGUUGGUGGAUUUGUGACUCACUGCGGGUGGAAUUCAACCUUGGAAGGAAUCACUGCUGGGGUUCCCAUGGUCACAUGGCCUGUGUUCGCGGAGCAGUUUUACAACGAGAAGUUGGUGACUCAGGUGCUGAAGGUUGGAGUGGAUGUUGGUGUUCAGCGAUAUUGUGUUGAAUUGAAGGGAGAUAGUAUCAAGAAGGAAGCAGUGGAGAAGGCAGUGAAGCGGAUUAUGGUGGGUGAAGAAGCGGAGGAAAUGAGAAGGCGAGCCAAGUCACUUGCAGAGAUGGCAAGGAGUGCUGUUGAAGAUGGGGGAUCAUCUUACUCUGAUUUGAAUUCUUUGAUUGAAGAAUUGAAGUCACGUUGCCCUUGACAUGCAAGCAAACGAUCGAUAAUCAUGCCUUUUAUUUUAAUUAUCUUUUAAUUAGAAUAAUUAAAACUUGUUGGCUUUUUUUUUUCAAAAAAAAAAAUAAAAAAUGUAGGAACCAUAAGGGGGAGGGAAAAGAGGGAAGACAGAUUUGAACUAGCUAGCUAGUGAUCUCUAGAUUUUCAAUCGAUUGAGCUAGUCCUCAAGUCUUUGUUGGUGUUUGUUAGCUGUGCUCGCUUGUUAUUGAAUCCUUAUUUGGUA